AUGGAGAUGAAGAAGCUUGCUUGUGCCGUCAUCUUCGUCGCUGCCUCCCUCAGCGCCGUCAUGGCAAACGUUCCUCAUAUCCCUGCCGUUCCGACAACCCCCGUCGGAUCUCCCGAUGCCUCUCCCGGCAUCACCGUCACCAGCACUCCGGCAGCCGCUCCCGGCCCGUCAAGUGGAGCGGCUGGUCUUGUUCCUUUGAUUGGUGCCACCAUUCUCUCUUUCGUUGCCUACAACAUUCAUUUCUAAGC